GGUACCUCAUGUAUAUUAUGACAGACAGGGAUAUCCGUAGCGUCCAAAGUUCAUUCAAGCCUACAACGUCUGACGUGCACGUACGCGUGGUUAAUACCGGUCUACAAACUCUAAAGAUGGGGAAAAUCAAAGGCGGUCCAGUUGUUGAAAUGCAGGGGGAUGAAAUGACUCGAGUAAUUUGGGAUUUGAUCAAGCAGAAACUAAUUCUCCCAUUUGUGGACCUGGAGCUCCACUCCUAUGAUCUGGGCAUUGAGAACCGUGAUGCAACAGAUGAUCAGGUGACCAUUGAUGCAGCCAAUGCCAUCAAGAAAUACAAUGUAGGCAUAAAGUGUGCCACCAUUACUCCUGAUGAGAAAAGAGUGGAAGAAUUCAAUUUGAAAAAGAUGUGGAAAUCUCCAAAUGGAACCAUCAGGAAUAUAUUGGGAGGCACUGUGUUUAGGGAAGCCAUUAUUUGCCAAAACAUUCCACGAUUGGUCCCGGGAUGGACAAAGAGCAUUGUGAUAGGACGUCAUGCUUAUGGCGAUCAGUACCGUGCCACUGAUUUUGUUGUACCAGGGCCAGGAAAACUAGAGCUCAAAUUUACACCAACAGAUGGGAGUCAGGCACAAAACUUCAAUGUGUUUGAUUUCACAGAGUCUGGAGGUGUAGCCUUGGCUAUGUACAACACUGAUAAGAGUAUUACAGAAUUUGCCCAUAGUUCAUUCCAGUUUGCACUUCAAAAAGAAUGGCCAUUAUACUUGAGCACAAAGAACACAAUUCUGAAGAAAUAUGAUGGUAGAUUCAAGGACAUUUUCCAAGAGAUCUAUGAAAAGCAAUACCAAAAGGCUUUUGAGGAGAAAAAGAUUUGGUAUGAGCACCGACUGAUUGACGACAUGGUCGCCUACGCAAUGAAGUCUGAGGGAGGAUUCGUGUGGGCGUGCAAGAACUACGAUGGAGAUGUCCAGUCCGACUCUGUAGCCCAGGGCUUUGGAUCUCUCGGGAUGAUGACCAGUGUACUGGUUUGCCCCGAUGGCAAGACCAUCGAAGCCGAGGCAGCUCAUGGAACCGUCACCAGACAUUUCCGCCAACAUCAGAAAGGAAACGAAACUUCAACAAACUCCAUAGCUUCCAUUUUUGCUUGGACACGUGGGCUCGCACACAGAGCUAAGCUUGACAACAAUGAUGCUCUGAAAAAGUUCUCUGAUAAUCUAGAGAGGGCAUGCAUAGAGACUAUAGAAUCGGGCAUAAUGACCAAAGAUCUAGCCAUCUGUAUCAAAGGCAUGAAUAGUGUUCAAAGGUCAGAUUACCUCAACACCUUUGAGUUCCUGGAUAAAGUUGCAGAGCUGCUGACCCAGAAACAAACCAGCUGACUAGCAGGGCGGGACCCUAGCAAGCUGUAACGCAGUCCAAAGAAGAUCAAGCUUCAGUUGACCAUUGUGAACAUAAACCCCAUUUUCUUUUUUCCUAUUCUUUGUCUAAACAUAUCAACAUGGAGGACUUUUGUAGUAUGUGGCAUACUAUGUUUGAGUGAUUAACAAGUUGAAAAAUAUAAAUUUCUAUUAUUCAGGUUUUUUAAAAAAAAUGACUUUUUGAACAGUAUUUAACAGAAUGAUGUGAUUUUUUAUGUGAUUUUUACAUGUACCGGUACAUGAGUGUUUGAUUAUUCAGGAUUAGUGAUUUUGUACCAGUAAGAUGAACCUAACAGGGUAGCUGUCAAAAUUUAUGUCUGUUGAGUGUCUAUUUUGUGUCUUUUUAUUCUGUCUUUUGAUUUUAAUCUAAAAAUUAAUAUAUUUCAAACACAAAGCAAUAUGAUUUUACAUUGUUACUUAAUUUAUGAAUCUACAUGUACAUUGUAAUCAUUUUAAAAGUCCAUUUUUAAUAAAGAUUCUUUUUAAUGG